UGGGAGGGUGCUGAAAUUAAAUGUAAGAGGGCAGCGGCGAGUCGGGACGCGUCUUUGGAGAGACAAGGCAGAGGAGAAUACUCGUCGUAAAUCCAUGUUUUCAUCCCUCUCGAGAGGGGAUCCAAAGACUUGUCGGUCGGGUUUCCUGUCUCUGUGAGUCGGCGGGGGAGUCUCAGUGGGUUAGUUGACUCCCGAUCGAUUGGUCAACGGACAAGCUGCCGUCCAUCCAAUGUGCGUAAAAGGGCUCUAUUUCUUCGCCGUCCUGUCUGGACUCGCAGCUUCAGGCGUGCUGCAGGUCAGCGGGAUACGUAUAUAUACAUCUGGGGAUAUGGAGGCAGUCAACGGGACAGAUGUUCGUCUCAAGUGCACAUUCCAGAGCUCCUCUCCUAUUAACGCAAACGCCGUCAUCAUCUCCUGGAGCUUUAGACCCCUCAUACCAGGCCGAGAGGAGUCGGUGUUCUACUACCAGCAGAAACCCUAUCCUCCUGUAGAAGGCAUUUUCAGGAAGCGUGUCGCUUGGGCUGGUGACAUCAUGGGCCGCGACGCCUCCAUCAUAAUUCGACAGGUCAAGUUCACCUACAACGGCACUUACAUCUGCCAGGUCAAGAAUCCGCCUGAUGUCCACGGCACGGUUGGAGAGAUUCGACUCCGUGUCGUCACCACAGCCUCUUUCUCCGAACUCCUCCUUCUGGCUUUGGCCAUCGGGGGCGGGAUCGCUGCUGUGGUCAUCCUCCUCAUCAUCAUCGUAUCCUGCAGGAGGUGCAAGAAGAGGAGACAGAGACAGCUGGAAGGGAACGAGGAGGCUCCCCGCAAAGAGAGAAAAGACCCCACUGCGUGCCACCCAUCGAGGGCCGUCCAUCUUUACGUAUCACAGACGUCCAUAGAGAUUGACAGUUCAGAUGGCAUGAUCUCAGAGGCCAGCACCAAAGACCCGAGCUCGUCAGAGGAGGAGGGCCCGAGCUCAGAUGACGACGGAGGCGAUGACUCCGACUGAGGAGGUGGAGAUAGACACAGAGACAGCAUCACUGAUGUGAAGGCAGCCAGGAAGCUUGCUGGAGGGAUGCCCAGAUGGCAGCCAUGGAUUAAAUUCCACAUUUCCGCUGAGUGGAGGUUAGAUGAAGAGAGCUCUGCUACUUCUGCUGCUGCUAUGUCGGAAACAAACGCAUUGUUCCUGAAUAAGAGGAAAACGGAAAGAAAGUUUCUGAAUAAGACCAAAGAAAUUGGCUUUUGAUAAUGAUCAAGGCUAUGAAACAGAGAGUGCGUCCAGAAAUCUCAUGAGUGAAGAAAUGCUGGGUGAAACCUGCAGGGCUUGUGUAGUGAGAGGCAUCGUAAUCCUCAAGCUGGCGUGGCUGCUGUCAUGAAGGGAAAAGAAGUCAAUUCAUGUUCAAUAACUGUCUCUUCUUCUUGACAUGGAUCUUGUUCAGUGUCAGAAGUCACUAAAAUCAGUUGCAGCAAGCAGAUGAUUUCAUUGAAGGUGUUGGCAUAUUGGUUGUUAGAGUGAGGACAGUGUUAGCUUCCGUGAUGAGCCAUACACAGACCUUUAUAUUUAGUUGGGUGUUUAUAACUUCUUCUCAUUGACUUAAUGGACCAUAUCAGACUGAAUGUGUAGGAUCGUCUUACAUGCUUUAGUUUUACAGCUCACAUCAUCAUAAUACCUGCCAGUCUCUGAGCACUUGUUAAAAGCAGUUUUAUCCUCCACAUGUAGGCUGAGGGGCUUACAAUAAGUCACCUCAGAUUACUUGGAUAAAAAAGCAUAAAUGUGAUGUUGCUUUCAGUGAGUCUGAAGGCCAAAUACUUGAUCAGUGGGCGAGCAGCCGCAUGCACGCAAAUGUCCUGUGCUGCGUGUGGGAGCGCACAGUCAGAUCUGAAAACCCUUUGAUGGCAAAAUGUCCUUGAGAGCCUGUUGUCUCUUCAUGCGUCUGUGAAUGCAUCACAUCUACUAACAAAUGAUUGUAAUAACAGUCUUCCUUCCUUUUGCGACAGAAUUUUGUACUUUUACUGAGAUGUAAUACUAUGUUCAUAGUAAUUCUUUUUUUUAGAUGAUGCCAGAAGUAUUUUGUUCUGUUGUUUUAAAAUGUCACUGUGUUUGUUUGUAAUAGAGCUUUUAUUAAAAAAAAAAAUAGAAAAAGAAGAUUUUCUAAUAAAAGUGCCUUUAAAUCUUUUACCACAUUGUGUCAAAUAAAUUUCACCACACAGAGUCAAUCUGAACUAAUUGGCUGACACUAAUUGGCUUUUGAUACAAACUAUCAGACACAACUUGGCCUGAUUUGACAGAACUCAUCUAUUAUGUAAGAGAGGAGUCUUGUUAUCGGGCAUUUAUUAUGCAUCAUUAUUUUUAAUGCACCUCCAGUUGUGUGCUGAUGGUGUGUUUACCUGUAAGCUUUACUGCAGUGAAGUUGUUGUUUAAUUUGUUGCAGGUUCGAUAUUUAUCCUAUUAGCUAUGCUUGCCUUUGUGACUUCAGUCUGGGUUUGCUUGUUUGCUGGAUGAGAUUGUUCAUGACCACGAAUAUGUUACUCUAUAUCUUUGUGUGUGCGUGCGUGUGUGUUUGUGGGCCUAUUUGUGUGCAUGUGUGCAUUGAUCAAAGUCUGUCCCUCUGGGUGCAGCUUUAGUUACUGACUGACAGACUUAGAGUGUGUGUAUGUGUGUGUGUGUGUGUGUGUGUGUGUGUGUGUGUGUGUGUGUGUGUGUGUGUGUGUGUGUGUGUGUGAGUGUGUAGUUGGGGUCAGAGCGUGGAUGACUAACACUAAAAAGAGGGACAGGGUGGGCAAGAGGCACAGCCCGUUUAUCCAAAGCUAAAUAAUUACAUUAGUGGUGGCACUAGUGUUGAACUGAUAAAACGAAAGUGUGGUCUCUAGAUGUUUCACUGAAGCUUAGAAUCAGCUGUGUGUGUGGAAAUCAACAUGUUCAGGGCUUAUUUUAUAAACGAUUACUAAAGUUUGCUUUGCUGAGAAACAGCAUGACAGUCACAUGUGGUAAUGAUGUAAUGCUACAAAAAACAUUUCUAGCAUAUCCUGGUUCAUUUGGUCUCAGAGCAGCUAUCCAAAACAUUUAAACAUCGAGUUUUGCGCCGACGCUCAAUGAAGAAAAAACACAUAUUCUGUUUUCUCUGUUCUCAUCCCUGAGCGAGGAAUACAACUGUUUUCUUGAUUGGGAGUACAUUGUCAUCACUGCUAUCACUCUAUCCACCCACAAAAAAAAAAAAAAAAUUGUUACCAAAAGGCAUUUUGGGAAAAAAAGGAAAUAAAUUGGCACACCAGGCAGAGAUUAA